AUGGUGAAAGCACAACAUAAAUACUUCUUCCUUACUAUGUUGAUUGCGUAUAUCACUACCAUUUCGAUUAGUACUUAUUUCAAUGUAAAGAAGAAUCACUGUACAUAUAGUAAUAAUAUAUUAGUAGAUAGCCAUUCGGUAAGCGUGGCAGCAAGUAUCCGGACGAGAAGAUCUGCGGUCAGAAAAGAACAAGCAGUAUCUCUCGCACAUGGAUUGGAAGCUGAGUUACAAUGCCGACUCUACAGUGCAGGUCAGCUUCCGGCAUACCAAGACCGACAACCGGGAUUCAAAGAGCGACCGAACCUCAUUGCUUUCGUCGCCAGUAACUGCAAGGCGGGUGGCGCUGACAAGCGUGCCGAGUAUGUACGCGAACUCAUGAAACACAUCAAAGUCGAUUCCUACGGACUGUGUCUGCAGAAUCAAGACAAAGAAGCACUGAAUCGUAACACCGCCAGAGACAGAUUCCAAGCCAAGAUGGAUCUCUUUAAGAAGUAUAAAUUCGUUCUGGCAUUUGAGAAUAAUAAUGUUACCGAUUAUGUUACUGAGAAACUUCCACAUACUUAUUUGAGUGGAUCACUUCCAGUCUAUAUGGGUGCCGAUAAUGUGGAAGAUUGGACACCUGGAAUCGCCGAAACUACUGGCGGAUUACCUAAAGUUGGUGGCGGCCAACGAGACAUUGAAGCACCGUUGAAACGCAGCUUCGAACGUCAUUACAAUAACUGUGUAUUUCUCGCAGAGUGUCGUGUUUGCGACCGUGUCAGACAGGAGCGUAUCAAUGCGAAGCACUCGAAUUACCAACCUUCGUCGGCAUCGCUUGCCACGUCGGGCAGCAUCGAUAGCAUGCCACAGAUCAUCAAGGACUAUGUAUUUGCCGACGAGUUUUUCGUUGUCAAUGACAUUGCCGUACUGGUUAUCUUCAUUAUCUCAAUGCUUUAUAUCGUGUUGUUUAUGUUUGGUGUGUACGAUAUCAUAAAGAUCAAAGUAAUCAUACCGCUAUGUUGUAAGGAAACCUCGUACUUUAGACUGAAACUUAGACCCAGAUCGAAGAAAUCCAGCAACACAAUCGAAUCAAUUCCAAUAGAACCACUUACAACAACAGAUUAUUUAGCAGUUGACAAUCAAAUUGAUACAGAUCAACAACUUCAAAUUUCAAAAGAUACAGAAAAUAUUCAAUAA